AUGCCAUACACUAGUGAGUACUCUCUCAAAUCAGUCCAGGAGGUACCUUCACAUCACAGUGGGAGCUCAUCUGGAAAACGUUUUAUCAACCUCCUCCGAUCUCUCUUUUUUCUUUCGCCAAAACAGAAUCCUGAAAUAUCCCAGAAAAAGUAUACAUCUAUUCCUACACGACUGACGCCAGUGACCCUAAAAAGACGAAAAAUAGAGUCCCCUAUUCGGUCUACAUCUCAAUAUGAAAAUUUAUCGAAUUUUAGAGAUCUAACAGCUUCAAAUAAUUACAGUCAUGUGACUCAUUCUACAACAUAUCUUCCAAAGCCUUCACCUCCGGUUAUUCCUUAUAGAGGAUGUAACCAAAGACAAUUUUAUUCCCCUCAGAUCAGACACGCAAACGAUUCAAACUUCUACGCGCAGUCUUCGGGAAUUCAGGAUAUCAAAAUUGUGAAUCUAGAUCCCCGGCCAACUCAGUUGGUUCGUACGUUUUCGUACCGUAUACCGGGAGACAGAUAUGUGCUCCAAAGCUACCGCCGUCCAAUUUAUUCAGAGAGUGUGGAGGUCAAUGUAUCGGAUCCUGUUACUUAUCGAGUCACUCAGCAGCCAUCUGCAGUGAUUAAUCCGAAAUAUCUACUCCCUUCGGCAGUUUCAGGUACAAGUGAAAAGAAAGUCGUUUCCGUCGCGAAUAUUCCUAUGGAGGCUCAGUAUAUUCGACCUCAAAUGUGUAUACCUAAUGCGAGUGGAAAAGAAAUUGUUCUAAAACGGGAGUAUUCAGACACUUUUAAUCCCCUAAGGGAAUGCUCAUCCAAGGAUGAAUCUCGCAGGAAAAUGGAAAUUAAAGAAAGAAUUCUAGCUGAGUGGGAGCAUAGCUGGAGACCCGAAGAUCGUAAAUUGGACGGAAGCUUUUCUUCGAUAGGAACAAACAGAGAGGAACCGUCUAUGGUAGGUCCACAUGCCAACUUGUAUUCCAUUGCUAAUUGUAUCAAAAUCCGACUAUAUUUUACUGGCUACACAGACAGGAGCGUAAACAAGUUAAGUUGUCCAAUAUCCAUGUCAGUGCCUAUUUAG